GCUUAAUAUUCCACAAGUCUUCAAUUGUUCUCUGAUACGACUUUAUUUCAACAAGUUACGGUGACCAUGAAUCCUGUUUCUACUCUCUCAUUACUUUUGCUGUGCAUUGCAAUGAUGGGUCAAUCUGAUGGAGCAGUCCUGAAGAGAAAUGCAGAUUCAAACGAGGAAAAUCUAUUAAAGGAAAUUUUAAGAGGUCUCGAUUUGUCAAGAACAGUCUAUAACAAAGGUUUAAGAGAUCAAUACAAUCUAAAGGAUAAAAAAAUUCGUGAGACGUUGAAUAAAAUUCUUCCACUGGUGCUACUAGAAGAGAAACUUUCUGCCCUUCAAUAUAACGGGAGCGCCCAGACUGGUAGAAAAAACCUUUUGAGAUCCUUUAAAGCUACAACAUUAAAAGCGAUUGAGUCAGUAUGCAACUUGAUCAUGGAAACAACCAGUGUGGAAGAGUGCACCAUCAGUGAAAUGAUAAAUUUAUUCUAUUUCAUACAUUUUCUCAAUGAGAGGCAAAGAAUAUCUCAAGUCAUAAAAGACUUAAAACGGACAGAUGGCAAUAACAUAGAUCCUUGCUUGUGGUCACACUGCAAGUUAUUCAGCAACAAGAAGUAUCUUACUAGAUCCAGUGCUUUGGAGUACAUCAAAGGAAAGCUCUGGCCAGGCCGCUGUGGACAGGAUUAUCUAACUUAUGCAGGAGCUGAUAGCACUAAAUGUUAAACUCUCUUUCUCUCAAUCAAUAUUCUCUCAAUCAAUAUUAACUUUAUUAUGCAACCUCACUUUGAUUUAUUAGU